GCGGACAACACUGACAUGUUCAGACUGGUUCUCGCAUAUAUGACCCCGACCUUCUCUGGACCGGAUACGACGGUCGACCCUGCGAGACGCACGCUUGUCUGGAUGUGCCCAUGCAGUGUUGGCCGACUGUCCCCAUAUGAGAAAGGGCAUAAACCUGUUCCGUAAAGUGCACGAGUGCUACCAGGUGGAAGAACUCAUCCCGACGUGAUAUGUCCCACACGCGCGAACUACACAUCACGAAACCAAUCGCAUGGACGUCCCGUCUACGCAUCGUGGGCCUGCCCUGUUGGGUCGCGUUAGCGUACGUUGAGUGUGAAUAUUCACAGGAUGGCCACGCUCGUUCAAUGUUCAGCGUUCAUCUUCGGAGCCCUCACUCGCGCCCAUAUAGUCGCAAGUCCGGGACGCAAGCAGACAACAUAUAAUGACUCUCGGCUGGUGAGGUAAAUCGUCGAAUGAAAAUCCAGAUAUCAAGCAAGCAAACUUCGCAAGGAAAGCCCA